CUAGCUCAAGUUCACCACUUCCCCCUUAGCACUCUUGCCACCCACUGCGUGCAUAAUUCUCUUCUAUCUAUCCUCUUUCACCCAUGAUGAAGCUACACCGGGGGAGAAAACCUCAGUUCUUGACAUUAGCCUUACAUUUCCUGGGUUCCCUUUUUAGUUUCAAAUUCCUAUCAUGACAUCAGUUCUCCACAGGAAUUUCCACUCCUUUUAGGUUCCUUCUUUCCCUCUGGGUACUCCCAGAAACCCCUAUAAAACCAGGUCCCACACCUGAGACAGAAGCACAGACCUUCAGAGUCUCUUAGCUUGUGCUCUGUUCCUCCAAGCCGUCUAUCUUCUCAGGAUCAUGAAGGUCUCUGUGGCAGCCCUCUCCAUGCUCAUGGUCAUGGCCUUCAGCUCUCUGGCAUCCUCUGCACCAAUGGGCUCUGACCCUCCCACCUCCUGCUGCUUCUCCUAUGUCAGCCAACAGAUCCCCAGAAAAUUUGUGACAGACUAUUAUCAGACCAGCAGCCUGUGUUCCCAGCCAGCUGUGGUGUUCCAGACCAAAAGAGGCCGGGAGGUGUGUGCCAACCCCAGUGAUGCCUGGGUUCAGAGCUAUGUGGAAGACUUGGAGCUGAACUAAGGGGCUCAGGGGCCUGGAAGAAUGACUCUUAAAGGGAAAUGGACCAAGCCAAGGAAUUCCACAGUCAGAUGCAAUCUCCCCAAACUCCAGCCUGCCGUUAUAAUUUAUUCUUAUCUGUGAGAUUAAUUUAUGUAAGUUAUUUGGUGGCAGCUUUGGAUAUGUGUUCUUGCUAUUUGCACUUCUGGAAGACAACUGUUCCCCAUGGGGACUCCUGUUAGCAGCCUGGCCUCUCUUCCUUAGAGUCCUUUGGGUUACCUGCUGCAUUCCAUGAGUAUCUCUAGCACAAAGAUUUCAGAAUAAAAUAUUUGAAAACCAUA